CUGGUCCACUAAUGCUGACUUAUUUGUGUGUUCUGUUUCACAGGAGCUGCUGGAUAAAUUCAUGGAAGGGAACCUAAGCCUGGAUGAGUUCCUGGACUCUUUCCAAAGCUCCAGGAAAACUUACCACAUCCGACGGGCUCAAGCAGAGAAAAUGCAGGAGGUCAUUCAAGCCAAGAAGCAGCCUAAAAAGAGCAAACAAGCUGAGGAGAACCGGGUCACCGAGGUGAAGAGGGACUCCGAGCAGCACCAGGAGCCCAAGCGGCCUAACGGCUUUGUAGCACAAGGACCUCUCAGGGUGUUCCAAGUACGAUACGGCCUAACGCCGGCCAUCCUCGUCCCUCAUUACCCCGUUUCCCCUCCUGCCUCGGCUCCAGGACAUCAAAGCAGUACCUCCUCCUCUGAGCCCCAAGUGGGUCAGACCCACAUCCUCAGCCCCAGCAGCCCGCUUCCAGGUCACGGCCAGCCAGUCGGCCUCAGGGUGAUCGGACAACUGUCGGGCGGCUGGCCGGCUAACGGGCGUCCGGUCCGAGUGCAGCAGCUUUACAGACCGAACCCACAGCAGCCUGAGCCACCGUACCGAUAAGCUGCUGUCCGACGGUUAUAGAGACGGUUUGAGAGGUCUUCCAACCGGUGGAGCCAAGCUGUGGCUGUCAGGGUCCUGCAGGCAAAGACUGACGCAGGAUGGCAGCACUGAGGUCCCACGUUUCGGUUCUCCCUCCAUGACAUGAACGCAUCAGGGGGAAACGGGCAGAGCAGGAAGGCAGAGAGGCGACAGGCAGGCAGAGCUCGGGAUGGGCUACCAUAACAUUUCUGUUCUAAUCUGGUAAACCAAUCUCUAGACAUCUAUUUUACAACGUUAGAAACCCAAAAACAAAACAAGAACAGCUUCUAAUAUUUGGCCUGAACCCUCCCUUAAAUUUUUCUAUGUUUUAUCCAUGUUCAUUUAGUUAACAUUUUAAUGGGAACUUCGUUUUGCAUCAGCUCUAAAAUGCUGCAUCUUUAUGCUAUACUAUGCAUUCUUAAUCAUUCUGAUUCUUUAA